AUGAGGUGGAGGAAAGCGUCGUUACUGGCGUUGCCAGCUCUUGCCUCGGCACACGGCUCUCAUCACGCGCACCAAGAGGCGUUCUCACAGGACCGUCUUGACGAAUUAGAGCAGAAAUGGGGAACUGAUUGGGGUUUCAGCGGCAUAUCGACAUUUGCUCAUCUGCCGCACACACGAUGCUUGACCCACCCUGAGACAGCUUACGACAUUGCCAUUCUCGGUGCACCCUUCGAUACAGCAGUCUCUUACCGACCAGGCGCUCGGUUUGGCCCUCGAGCCAUUCGCUCUGGCUCAGCACGCCAGACGUCCUUCCGAGGCUACAACGCACGCGCCGGCCUCAAUCCUUUCACAUCAUGGGCGAACAUCGUGGAUUGUGGUGACAUCCCAAUCACACCCUUCGACAAUGCUCUCGCUCUGCGACAGAUGAGCGAAGCCUACCUGGAGCUUGCAGGGCGAGGGCCUACUGAGAAGAGCACUGAGAGUGGGGUGAAGUACUUUAACAAGCCGAAGGUCAUCACGCUGGGUGGUGACCACAGCGUUGCUCUGCCUGCACUCAGGGCUCUGAACAAGGCAUAUGGUCAGCCCAUCACAGUUGUGCAUUUCGACGCACAUUUGGACACAUGGCACCCAGCCAAGUAUCCCUCUGCAUGGAUUGAUCCUGAAGACCCCACAACACAGUCUUUCUUGAACCAUGGUAGCAUGUUCUGGCUAGCAUCGACCGAGGGUCUUGUUGCGAAUGGCUCGAGCGUGCACGCUGGACUGAGGACCAGGUUAUCAGGCGACGAUGCGACAGAUUACGAAGACGACACGAAUCAGGGGUGGAUGCGCAUCUCUACCGAUGACAUUGACGACAUAGGGACAAAGGGCAUCAUCGAUUCCAUCAUGGGUCGCGUUGGCACAGAUAUGCCAGUAUACCUAAGCAUCGAUAUUGACGUCAUUGACCCGGGCCUGGCACCUGCAACAGGUACACCUGAACCGGGAGGUUGGUCUACCAGAGAACUUAUCAGAAUUCUGAGAGGCAUUGAGAGUCUGAACGUUGUUGGUGCGGAUAUUGUCGAAGUCAGCCCUGCAUACGACAGCUCCGCGGAGGUCACCAGCGUUGCUGCAGCGCAAGUAGUCUACGAAGUUCUCACGAGCAUUGUUCGCAAAGGAUUGACUGAGCAGGCCAGGACUGGAAGUGUCAAAAGUAGUGAGAAGGAUGAGUUGUAG